AUGCCACAUCGGGAAGUUAUACGAGAGGAAUCGCUGACCACUAAGCUCCGGGUCGUGUUUGACGCAUCGUCACACGCUCAAGGCUUUCCAUCACUCAAUGACUGCCUAGAUAAAGGGGUGAACCUCAAUCCAGAGUUACUACAAGUGCUACUUCGCUUUCGGUGGUUUCCGGUCACCAUCAACUCGGACAUCGAGAAGGCAUUCUUGCAAAUUGAGAUACAGGAGACCGACCGAGAUGCAUUCCGGUUUCUCUGGUUUGAUGCCAUUCCCGUCAGCCAGAACAGUAACAUUCUCGAAUGGCGCAUGACCCGGAAAUGGCACAUCCGACGUUCAAGACAGUUACGGAGCUUGAUCGGCAUGGCAAAUUACCUGGCCCGCUUUGUGCCCCACAUGGCGAAAGUCCUUCAGCCUGUUUCUCUCAUGAUGAGCUCAAGACAGGAUUUUGUGUGGGGCCCAGCGCAAGAAGCCGCCUUCAAGAAGUGGAAAACUCUUCUUUCAUCAGACCCUGUUCUGGGAAUCUACAAUUCAAACAUAAAAACACUGGUGACAGCAGACGCCUCAUCGUACGGGCUUGGAGCUGUCCUGCGCCAAAGGCAAAAAGAAGGCCGGGACCUGACGGUGGCGGACGCGCUUUCUCGGUCACCUCUUCCACAAACGGAAUCCAUGGAACUGGAGGGCGAGAUCCAGGGCUAUGUGCGAUUGGUGGCUUCGUCAGUCCCGGUAACAGCGCCGAGUUUACGGCUUAUCGCCCACGAGCAAAAGCAAGACCCGGACAAGCCCACUGAAGAACGGAUACAGCCCCGCCGAGUUGCUCAGGGGAAGACGACUGCGCACGGCCCUGCCCACGUCCAGCGAAAGCCUUCAACCUCGGACGCCAGAGUUUCAACAACUGGCAGCAUUUGAGAGGUCGCAGCGUCAGCGCCAGAAGAGAGAGUAUACGACCGACGCCACGGAGUGCGCGAUCUGCCCGAGCUGUCCGAAGGAACAGACGUAUGGAUCGUAGACCUCCAAAGAGAAGGAGUCGUUCGAGGAAGCGCCGACGAGCCCAGAUCGAACUGGGUCUACUCCGGGGAAACUUCUCUAAGCAUA